CCCCACAUGGUGGGAGUGUGUAAGGUAGUGUGCGAAAGUGAGUUAGCUGUUUGUUUAUUGGAGUUUUCCUUUGGCUGUGCUGCGCUGCCAGCGACUGUGAAAGUGAAAAGUUGGAAAUUUUCAUAAUUUUGCAAUAGCCAGAAUUAGCAGAAUUGACCAGCAAUAUAAUUGUGUGCAGAUUUUAACAAAUUUUGCUGCAGCUGCGCGCAGACGGGCUCUCGUUUCUGCGGCUUAGACAACGGCAACGUUGAACAAAUAAUAUUGCAAGUCGAAAAUAUUGAAAUAUAAAAAUGGAGCCAACGAAUAAACAGCAUGAGGACAGCAUGGACAUUGUGGAUGCCGUUGCACGCAAGGAUUUCAUGCUGGAUCGAUUGAACAAACGCAACAAGGAUCGCCAAAACUAUUUGGAUGUGAAGCUGGAGCAGCGCAGCAAGGAGUGCGCACAGAACGAAGGCGUCGACUACUUUGCCCAAUCCUUCGGCCAGCGCGCCUAUGACAUAGAGCAGCGCAUCGGCGCCAUGCAACUGGACAGCGGGGAUGCGCCGCUGCCGGAUCUCAGCAAGCUCUUCGCGGACCUUACACUGCAAAUACAGGAAUUGCAGCGUUAUUUGACCGACUCGACCAUGUUUCUAUCGGAUUACAAGAUCAAAUCCUGUCAGAAUGCUCUCAAUUCGUUGACCAGCGCCUGUGAUGAGGCGCGCCAGCGUCUAAUGCCCAAAAAGAAGUUCGGUUUUAGCGGCAAGAAGUCGGCGGUUAAGCAUAAGCUGCCCCUUGAUCUCUGCAAGGUGGAUGCACCGGAGAAGACACCAAAGACGGGCGGCAGCAGCAGCGCCUUCACCUGGACAAUUUCCAAUCAGCGCAAUGCGCACAUUGUGCUGCGCGCCGAGCAGGUAAACGGCCAGGAUAUAACCAUUUCCAAUGUGCACAAGUGCCUGGUGGAGCUGCAGGGUCAUGCCGGCUCCGUGCAGGUAUCCAAUGCCAGUCAGUGCACCCUGCUCUGCGGCCCCGUGGCCCGUUCGUUCUUUGCCGAGCAACUGGAGCGCUGCACCGUCGCAAUUGCCUGUCAGCAGCUGCGUCUGCACUCAUCCCAGGCGACACGGAUCUAUUUGCAUGUCACCUGCCGCGCCAUUAUCGAGGAUUGUCGUGAAAUUGAGAUUGAUGUCUACAACUAUGACUAUGCGGAACUGGAGGCAGACUAUGAACAGUCCGGCUUGAAUAAAUCCCAGAAUAACUACACGGAUGUCGCCGAUUUCAAUUGGCUGUCGCCCGACGUCCAUUCGCCCAACUGGACGCUGCUCAAGGAUCAUGCAGCGCCCAAUUGGAGCGCUGUGCGACGCGACUUUCUGAAUAACAUUGCCAGCGAUGGCAAGGAUGUCGUCAAGGAUGCCACUAUGAUAUAGUGUUGGCAUCGGCGGAGGCGUCUGUUCCUCCUACUCGUCACGCUGCUCGCCUACGCCUUUCCUCUGGGCUGGCUGCUCAUGGAGCUGCUGAUGCCGCUGCCCAGCAACAUAACAUGUACUGUGUAAAUAGCUCGUAAGCCCAAUAAAUAAUCCAAGUUGAAUGUUGAUAUAAAAA